AUGAACCAGCACCAACUUCUUUGCUUGGCUUUGUUUUUUAUUUUGACUACACUCGCUUCUCAAGCUGCAUCUCGCUCUCUUAACGGUCAUUCCACAAUGCAUAAGAUGCAUGAAAGAUGGAUGACAGAACAAGGGCGCGUUUACAAAGACGAAGCUGAAAAGGAGAAACGCUUCAGCAUAUUCAAAGAUAACGUGGAGAUGAUAGAAUCCUUCAACAGGGCCGCAAACAAGCCUUAUAAAAUGGGAAUCAAUCAGUUUGCAGACCUUACCAACCAAGAAUUCAAGCUAAGGAAUAAGUUCAAGAGUCACGUUUGCUCUGAUACUACCUUGUUCAAAUACCAAAACAUUUCAGCUGUGCCCGCCACCAUGGACUGGCGGAAGAAGGGUGCCGUCACCCCCAUCAAGGACCAGGGACAAUGCGGUUGUUGUUGGGCUUUUUCUGCUGUAGCUGCGACCGAAGGAAUCGCUCAGAUAACAACGGGAAAGCUGAUAUCUUUGUCCGAACAAGAGCUUGUUGAUUGUGAUGUGAACGGACAGGAUCAAGGCUGCAACGGGGGUCUCAUGGACGACGCCUUCGAAUUCAUCCAAAGCAAUGGGGGCCUGACCAGCGAAUCCAACUACGUAUACGAUGGAUCUGACGGGACUUGCAAUAAGAAGAAGGAAUCAAACCACGCAGCCACUAUAACUGGCUACGAAGACGUGCCAGCCAACAGCGAAAGUUCACUAAUGAAAGCUGUAGCCAAUCAACCUGUCUCUGUAGCAAUUGAUGCUGGAGACUCUGAUUUCCAAUUCUACUCUAGCGGGGUCUUCACCGGUGAGUGUGGAACUGAGCUGGACCACGGGGUGACCGCGGUGGGGUAUGGAACAACAGAUGAUGGAACCAAAUACUGGAUUGUGAAGAAUUCGUGGGGAGAGAGCUGGGGAGAAGAAGGAUACAUAAGAAUGCAGAGGGAUAUUGAAGCCAAGGAAGGUCUAUGCGGUAUUGCUAUGCAGGCUUCCUAUCCCACUGCUGCAGAGUAAGCAAAUCAUAUCAAAAUACCGACAAAAUCAUGAAGAAGAUCAUAUAUAAUGUAAAUCAAAGUGUCUUGUUUAAAUCAAAAUAUAUGUGCAGUUCUUACCAUAAUUUAUGUAUAAAAUCUCUGUAUACAUAACAUACUU